AUGCGGUUUAAUUUGUGUGAGAUGAUGGGAAUGGUUUCAGGGACUGACAGAGAAGUUCAAGGAGAAGGACACAGGAUACUCAAGCUCAGCUACUUUCACUUAGGAAACCUUCAUGCUCAUCGUUCUCCCAUUCCUCAUCGCAUAAGUUUGCUUCUGCUAGUAGAGACAGAUUGCUCCACAAGGAUCAGAGAUAAACAAGAGUCAUGGCUAUUGAUAUAUUGGAUGAUGGUGAUGGUGAUGGUGAUGAUGAUGGUGAUGGUGAUGGUGAUGGUGAUGGUGAUGGUGAUGAAUUAA